AUGGCCCUCCACGACGUAGCUUUAGCCUCAUGGGCAGCUUGCAACGACGAACUUCCUGUGCACCUCCACCUUUCUGCCAAAUCACAUCUUGUAACACUGGAGAGGGAGCUCGUGGAAGCCAGGAAACGUGCGGAAGAGCUAAAGAAAGCACGCGCGAUGGGGCACGACGACGUAUCGGCGACAGAAGACCAAGUCGAAACCUACCGAAAGCUGGUUUCUCCCAUGCGGCGGCUUCCACCAGAACUCCUAGCCCACAUUGUCCUCUUCAGCAUAGAUGAAUUUCCCCGCCUUCCCCACUACGGGGGCGAAUCCGAGCGUGAUUCGCUGGAAAGGUUGCGCCGGGUGUGCAAGAAAUGGAAGACCGUCAUCGAUUCCUCGCCAGAGUUGUGGAAGAGGCUGUGGCUGGAAGCGGAUGAGAUGAAUAUAAGUCCCAGAAUUACAGCGCGUAUUCUGCGGCUCCCGUGCUGGGCAGGAGAUCGUCGAAGCGGUGUUUGA